CGAUCUGUAGUUGAAAUGUGUUAUACAUUUUGCCAUAGAUAAUUUCUGCUUGAAUCCUUGUCCUGUAGACCAAUGAACAACUCUCCAUUUCCUGCAGGGUUUACCAGAGAGAAUACAGACAUCUCCUGGCUUUUAUAUUUGCUAUUGAUGAGAUAAACCGCAGUCCAGAUAUUCUGCCCAACAUAACUCUGGGAUACCAUGUGUAUGAUUCUUGUGGACAUGUGAAUAAAGCUAUAAAAGACGUUCUACAGAUAUUGUCUGGACAUACAAAGGAAGCUCCAAAUUAUUCCUGUAUGGUGCGGGGUGCCCUGGCUGGUUUCAUUGGAGAUCUCAAUUCUGACACCACUCUCCAAAUGGCCCAGCUGCUGAAUCUAUAUGGUUACACCCAGACAGUGAAAACUGCAUGAAAUGUCCUGAUGAAGAAUGGCCAAAUGAGAAGAAGGAUCGUUGUGUGCCAAAAUUGACGGAAUUUCUUUCCUACACUGAUGAUCCCAUUGUUGGAGUAUUUUCAGCUGUCUCCAUCAUCUGUUGUCUUCUGACUGGUUUAAUAUUGGGGAUAUUUAUACAUUACCAGCACACCCCCAUUGUUAAAGCCAAUAACCGGAACCUGAGCUAUCUUCUCCUGGUCUCCAUCAUGCUGAGCUUCCUCUGUGUCUUCUUGUUCCUCGGCCAUCCAGUAGAUGUGACCUGCAUGCUGCGUGUCACCUCUUUUGGUGUCAUUUUCUCAGUUGCCGUCUCUUCUCUACUUGCCAAAAGUAUCAUGGUGUGUAUUGCUUUUAAAGCCACCAAACCUGGGAGUCCCUGGAGGAAAUGGAUGGGAGCCAAACUGUCCAAUUUUAUCAUUUGUGUCUUCUCACUGGUUCAAGUCAUAAUCUGUGUUACUUGGUUGUCUAGUUCUCCCCCCUUCCAGGAGCGAGACACUCACUCUUAUCAGGAGAAGAUCAUCAUUCAGUGUAAUGAGGGUUCAGUUAUCGGCUUCUACUCUGUCCUGGGAUAUAUGGGGCUUCUGGCAGCUGUGAGCUUCAUUAUCGCUUUUUUAGCCAGGACAUUACCGGACAGUUUUAAUGAGGCCAAGUACAUCACCUUCAGCAUGCUGGUGUUCUGCAGUGUCUGGAUUUCCAUGAUCCCGGCCUAUCUGAGCACCAGAGGGAAAUACAUGGUGGCUGUGGAGGUUUUUGCUAUAAUAGCAUCAAGUAUUGGACUUCUUGGCUGUAUAUUUUUCCCAAAAUGUUACAUAAUUCUGCUCAGAUCCGACCUGAAUACAAAAACAUGUAUCCAUUAAUAUGUAUGGAGCAACACUGGGUUACCAGUAGGUAUAGAAUAAUCUCUAUCACUGUUAUUUUUAGAAUUCUGUUAUUGAGAAUAAACACUCUUAAAUGUAAACAUUUAAUACCUACCUCUCCUUUUGAUGGUGAGUUUAAUUUCUGCUCUGGACACCUCUGGGAUCACGGACUUUGGGUUGGUUGAAAACAUUGUCCCCUUUUGGGUGUAGUGGUUCCUCCCACUAGUCGUUACAUCACUAUAGAACAAUGUAGUCAAUUAGUGAGGAGGAACCACAGUGACCAAAGGAGAACAAAGUAUCCAAAUCCUCCUAAAGUGUCAGAUACCAGAGACACCCAUCACUCUUCCAGAGAGGGAAGAUUUCACUCACCACUUUCCGGAAGAUAAAUGUUAAACACAUUCUUUAAUAAACUGAUUAUAAUGUAUUUUUUAGUUUCAGGGUCACGUUAUUGUAAAUAUAUUGUUUGUAGAUAUAUCCUGCUAUAUGAAUAAAUUCAUUUUGUUGGUGUGUUCAAAAAUCAUUUAAUAUUUAAUAUU